AUGAUGUUCCCACCCUCGUCCCCUUCCCCGUCUCCCUCUCUCCUUCUUGUGCUCCAUCUCCUUCUCCUUUUCCUCCCUCCCUCCCUCCUCUCUCCUGCCCUCUCUCUCUCCCCGCUGAGCUGGACUUCACCACAUGACCCCUGCUACCACCUAGACGGCCGUCCACGUCACUGCCUGUCAGAGUUCAUCAACGCCGCCUAUGGCCUCCCUGUCAGUGCUAGCCACACGCUGCACAGAUCCGGUCGUGCUGCGAACACCACCACUCUCACGGACCUCCACAACCCCCACAACCUCACCUGCUGGACGACUUCCGGCGGAGACGCUGACGGUGGCGACUGGGUCCUCACCCUCCCCCUGGGCCGGCGGUUCGAAGUCACCUACAUCAGUCUGCAGUUCUGCCACCAGGGGGAGCCCACUGACCCCAUCUCCAUCUCCAUCCUGAAGUCAAUGGACCAUGGGCGGACCUGGAGGCCCAUGCAGCACUACUCCAGCGAUUGCCUGGGGAAAUUCGGCCUGCCCUCCCGGGUGGCAGCCUCAACCCGACACCAGGAGACGGAGCCGCUGUGUUCGGAUCCCCGUCCCUUGCAAAGGCAUCGAGGCGGUAUGGUGCUGGCUUUUUCUACCCUAGACGGACGACCUUCCUCCCCUGACUUCGACUACAGUCCCACUCUGCAGGACUGGGUGACUGCCACUGACAUCCGCGUGGUGUUUCACCAGGUGACCCAGCUCGCGAAGAUGGGUGAGUUGGAGGUACAUGGAGGGGCGGGUCAAAGCGACCGCAUGGAAAAGGUUGACGUAGAUGGUGUACUGAGGUGGAGGGUGGGCACUAAGGGAGAUGAGGUGGACAAGACGAAAGCUGAUAACACCCUGUCAUUUUUCGAGAGGGACAUAAAAAACACAGAUGCGAGAGUAAGGAACAAAGGAGAGAAAAUAGGCAAACUCGGGAGAAAGAGUCAAGGUUUGAGUUUUCCUCCUGGGCACAAUGUGACGGGGAAGGAAAGCAUGGACGGACACAGUAGAGACACUCCCAUUUCCUCAAAGAAAGGAAGAAAGGGGAAAGGGCAUGGCCACAAGAAGGAAAACCCUCACUGGGAGCGUUGCCCAAAUGGAGAAUGUGAUUGGACAGUUGAGGGGCAGAGGCGGAGCAAUAAAGGGCGGGAACUGAGAAGGCGAAGGAACAAUCAUCAUAACACAAGGAAAAUUUCCAAGAAUCUGGCUCCGCCCUCUCCUCUUAUCUCCGCCCCUCCAAUCCGCCCCCCUCUGGCCCUCUCCGACCUGCAGGUGGGGGGCAGGUGUAAAUGCAAUGGGCACGCCUCCAGGUGUCGCCGUGAUGACACAGGCAGGGCUUUGUGUAUGUGCGAGCACCACACGGCGGGCCCUGACUGUGAUGUGUGUGAGGAAUUUUACUUGGACAGACCCUGGCAUCGCGCCACGCCAUCCCAGCCAAACCCCUGUGUUGCCUGCGAAUGUAACGGCCAUUCGUCCAAGUGCCGCUUCAGUAUGGAGGUGUUCCAGCAGUCGGGCCGGCGCAGUGGGGGCGUGUGUCAGAAAUGCCGCCACCACACGGCGGGACGCCACUGUCAGUACUGCCAGAACGGAUACACACGGGACCACAGCAAGCCCAUCAACCACCGCAACGCCUGCCAACCGUGUCAGUGCCAUCCUUUGGGAGCAGUCGGUCGCUGGUGCAACCAGACGUCUGGUCAGUGUCUGUGUCGGGACGGGGUGACCGGCCUCAGGUGUAACCGCUGUGCCCCGGGCUACAAACAGGGCAGAUCCCCGUUGCGGCCAUGCAUACGAAUCCAAGAGGUUUCUCCAACCCCAGUCUACCAACCUCAAUACAGUAUAGCGCAAGAGUGUGUUACAUACUGUCAACCUUCUCAGGUCAAAGUCAAAAUGAACUUGGAGACCUAUUGUCUCAAAGACUACGUGCUGAAGGUCCAGGUCAGAGGGAUGGAGCGUUCGGGCCCCUGGUGGCAGUUCUCUAUCUGGGUCCAGACGGUUUUCCGCAUGGGGUCCACCUCCCGUGUCCGCAGGGGCCUCCAGGCCUUGUGGGUCCCAGACCGGGACCUGGGCUGCGGCUGCCCCCACCUCCACGUGGGCAGGACCUUUCUGCUGAUAGGUGCUGACGAAGGUGGCAGGGGCUUGGGGCCAGCGGAGAGCCGCCUGGUGGCCGAUCGCUCCACCUUGGCUCUCCAGUGGCGGGAACACUGGAGCCCCAAACUGAGGGGCUUCCGGGGACAGGACAAGAGGGGCCGCUGCCCCCCAAAACCCCCCAACCACCAGCACCACCGCCACGUGGGUCCCCCAAAAAGCCAGUCCGAUUACGUUCCCCCGCACCUACUGGGCGGAAAGGAUGCCGAGCCACACGGCGUGCACACACACACACCGGACAACGGUGGGGACCUGGCGGUGACGGAUACGAGCACUCACACACUCGGUCCUGUGGUCACCUCACCUCCUCAACCUUACAGCUCCGUCGGACAAUCCUCCUCACUCACUGCACCCACUAUGGGAUGCUACACCCAAACGCCUGUCUGA